AUGGAAACAGCGGUCGUCCCGCGACAAGGCGUCCUGCAGGCCGAACCCCCUCCGCACAUGACGACACACUUUCUCAACCAGUUAAAUGCCUACAAGAGUGAUUCUACUUCAGCUUCAAGGAUCCCAGAGAUCAAUACUGGCCUCGACUGGGCCGCGUCUGAUACUGGUCGUCACAGCCAGGCCGUACGUGACUUUCCUUGA